AUGGCAGAACCCGAUACAGCACGUGAAUCCGAAGGGCUCACUCAGUGCGAGUGUGAGCACGCGGUGCCACCGUUCCUCGCUGUGCCUGUGACCGGCUCCAAGAUGGCCUCACCACCAGCCCCCCGGAAAACCUCGGGGGACGCCAGGAAAGGUUCUGCAGAUAACUGGAAGGGUUCAGCAGAAACUAGAAAGGGUUCUAGAGACAGGAAGAAAUCUAUUGAGUUGAAAAAAGACCCUGAAGAGGCCCAGAAGGGUCCUGGAGAGGCCCAGAAGGAUUCUGGCGAGGCCAGGAGUUCUCCACGGGGGGGAUACACGGGGUCCAAGAAGUGGAGUUUUGGCGAGGACAGGAGGGGUUCAGUGGAUAGCAGGAGGGUUUCGGUCGAUAGCAGGAAGGGCUCUAACGAGAACAGGCGGGGUUCCAGUGAGGACAGGAGGGGUUCAGUGGAUAGCAGGAGGGUUUCGGUCGAUAGCAGGAGGGGCUCUAACGAGAACAGGCGGGGUUCCGGUGAGGACAGGAGGGGUUCAAGCGAGGACAGGGACAGCUUGUCUAUCCCUGCCAGUGUGCGACCCAGCAGGUUGCCAUGGGCCACUCUGAUGAGAGCCUUGGGUCGCUUCAAGCUGUCACUCCCGGAUAUCCGUCGGGACUAUAUGCUGGCCUCUCGCGACCCCCUGGCUGUGGACAAGGAACUUGGGCCACGUGUGAAGUACCACAAGGUGGUGAGGAGGUUCUGGGGCAACCACCAGCCUCUCGCCAAGAUUCCGUAUAAAAUUCUGAGCGGGCACGACCACACCGUGAGCUCCUGCCACUUCUGCAUGGAUGACACAAGGCUCCUCAGCAGCUCCUAUGACUGCUCGGUCAAGCUGUGGGACUCUGAGGACGGAACGGUGAUGUGGGACUUUCAGCCACGCCCCAAGGCUCCUGUUUUAGAAUGCAGUAUCACGGCUGACAACAGAAGGAUCGUCGCAUCAUCGUAUGAUAAAAGCGUGAGGGUUUGGGACGUCGAGACGGGUCAGCUUCUGUGGAAAGUCCGGCAUGACACCUUCGUAGUGUGCUGUAAAUUCUCUCCUGACGGAAAGUACGUGCUCUCAGCCUUGGAUGUGGAUCGCAGCAUCUGCUUGAUGGAUCCAGAAAACAUCACCACCGUGAUCCAGAUCAAAGAUCAUCACAAAAGGUCCAUCACAGCAUGCUGCUUUGACCCUGACAGCCAGAAGGUGGCCUCUGUCUCCAUGGACAGGUGCAUCAAGAUCUGGGAUAUCACAUCCCAAGCCACGCUGUUUACCAUACCCAAGGCACACACCAAUACCAUCUCAGACUGCUGCUUCACCUUCAGUGGCCACUUCCUGUGCACCAGCUCCUGGGAUAAAAACAUAAAAAUAUGGAAUAUCCACACGGGGGAGUUUCGAAACCGUGGCGCCUGCGUGACUCUGAUGAAGGGCCACGAGGGCUGCGUGAGUUCCUGCUCCAUUGCCAGAGACAUGGUCUCCACAGGCCAUGAUGACUGGGUGACGGAUGUUGCCGUUAGCAACAACAAGAAAUGGAUCCUCUCCGCUUCGAAGGAUAACUCCUUGAGACUGUGGAAUAUCGAAGAGAUUGACACAAUCCCUUUGGUCACUGAGAACAAAAGGACUAUGGGCUGCAAUGUCCAGCAGUGCAAAACUUGUGACCAGAUUUUCCCCGCCUUUGAAAGUGACACCUCUUCUAAACUACACAGCCGGUGUCCCUUCUGCCGGAGAAACGAGAACUUAGGGCAGUUUUCUUCGUCGUCAUCAUUGGAGGAGAAUUUGGAGAGCUGA